GAGAGUUCAUGGAGGCUAGACAGAGCAACACCAUUAGCAUCCUAAUGUUCCCAUGGCUAGCUCAUGGCCACAUAUCUCCAUUCCUAGAGCUAGCCAAGGUACUCCCAAAGAGAAACUUCUACAUAUACCUAUGUUCCACCCCAGUCAAUCUCAGUUCCAUUAAACCAAAGCUCACUCAGAAAGACUCCAUUUCAAUCAAGCUAGUAGAGCUUCAUCUCCCAACUUUGCCAGACCUUCCCUCUCACUACCACACCACCAAUGGCCUCCCGCCCGACCUCAUGCCCACCCUCAAAAAGGCCUUUGACAUGUCCAAACCUACCUUCUCCAACAUCCUCAAAACCCUAAACCCUGACUUGCUCAUAUAUGACUUCCUACAACCCUGGGCGCCGGAGGUGGCCUUGUCACAUAACAUUCCGGCAACCCUCUUCCUCAGCCCCGGUGCAGCAUCAACUUGCUUCAUUUUCCAUCUCUUCAAGAACCCUAGUUCUGAAUUCCCAUUCCCGGAGAUAUAUAUUCGAGAUCUUGAGAGAGUUGGCAUUAUGGGUAGUGAUGAAUCAUCUUCAAAUGGCCUCAAAGAUCACAAUAGACUUGAAGAAUGCGCAAGACUAUCGUCCGACAUUGUCUUGAUCAAGAGUUUGAGAGAGUUAGAAGGAAAGUACAUCGAUUAUCUCUCUAUGGAAAUUGAGAAGAAGGUGGUACCUGUUGGUCCUCUUGUCCAGGAGGGCAUUGUUAAGGAGGAGAAAAUGGAGAUCUUUGAAUGGCUUAACAAGAAGGAGAAGGGUUCCACUGUGUUUGUUUCCUUUGGGAGUGAGUACUUCUUGUGUAGGGAGGAUAUGGAGGAGAUAGCAAAUGGGUUGGAGCUCAGUAAUGUUAGUUUCAUAUGGGUUGUUAGGUUUCCCGUGGGUGAGAAAAUUAGGGUUCAAGAGGCACUGCCCGAGGGGUUUCUUGAGAGGGUAAGAGGGAGAGGGAUGGUUGUGGAGGGUUGGGCCCCACAGACUAGGAUUCUAGGGCAUUCAAAUAUUGGUGGUUUUGUGAGCCACUGUGGUUGGAGUUCAGUGAUGGAGGGUAUUAAGUGUGGUGUGCCAAUCAUAGCCAUGCCUAUGCAACUUGAUCAGCCACUGAAUGCUAGGGUGGUAGAGGAGGUUGGUGUGGGCGUGGAGGUAAAGAGAGAUGAUAGUGGGGGGCUUAACAGAGAAGAGGUUGCAAGAGUGAUAAAGGGGGUGGUGGUAGAGAAAAGUGGUGAGGUUGUGAGAAGGAAAGCAAGAGAAUUGAGCGAGAAAUUGAGAGAAAAGGGAGAGAAGGAGAUGGAUGGAGUGGUGGAAGAGCUGGUGAAACUUUGUAAGAACAAGAGAGGUUGAACUAGUAACUAGUAGUUUGAGAAAGUCCUGCAAU